AAAUAUUUUCUUUCUCUUUAUUUUUUAACCUCUUUUUUCUAUUCUAUAUUUUUCUUUCUUCUCUUGUGUUUGUUUUGAUCUCAUCAUAGAUAUAUAAUAAAACACACCCCAGGGGAACAACACAAGAGGAAUCCUAGUUCCUUUCUGUGUGAAGGGAACGACGAUUCCUCCUUAAUUUUCACCUCUUUUUGCAUGCUCCUAAGGGAAUUGUUUUUUCCUCUUCAAAUGUGUUGUGAAGGCAGGGCUAUGUGAUAACCUUGAUGGGUUUGUUGUGAUAGUAAAUCAAUCAUAUGUGUGUCAUUGUCUAUUGAUUCAGGACAUUGAACUUUAAAGUAUUAAUAUUUUAAGGUUUUUGUCUUCUGAGGAGGAUUAAUUAAUCAUAGACACACAAAGUAGUUGGUCUUUUAUGAAAACAAAAAUGUUGGCUGGAUUAGUGAAGAAGUUGGCUUCCACUACAAUGGGAAGUUGUGCUUCAAAACCAAAUGGGAAAAGCAAUGCUCAAAAAAGAAGGAGUCACAAAUCCGGAAAGCGCAGAGGAAAUAUUUCCUCUGCGCUUCCUGAAAUGCCUUUGAAAAGGGUUAGCAAUGCAGGAGGAAAUCGCGUCGGAGACUUCAGUCUUAGUGACUUUGUUCACCUGGAUUUUGACAAAGCUGGUUCAACUACUUGCAGGAUAUCUGAGGUUUCAAACGGCAAAUUUCAUCUUACGCAGCUUCAAUACCAUAGUCAAAUCGAUACAAUUGGAAAAUACCAAGAGGAUGCAUGGUUUGACUCAGUUAGUAUUAUAGAAUCUGAUUCAGAUGACGACUUCAGUAGCGUACAUGGAGAUGGUUUUCCUUUCGCCGGCAAUGCUAUGGGAAAUGGCCCAAAUACUCAAUUACUUCAAUAUGAAAGUGCAUCCUGCUUUGUAGAUUCAGGAUGUAAAUAUGAAGAGUUUUAUGAGAGCUACCUUAAGAUAGAUGGAGGUAACUGUAAGAAUGGUGAGAAAACUCAAGAGAACAACUCGAAACAAUCGACCCUUAUCAUGCUUUCAGUAACAAGACAAUCUGUUGAUGCAUGUGACAAGACUGAGACUGAAUUAUGUGCAUCUGAGAGAUUUCUCUAUCGUCCGAGAGCAGGGAUUCAAAUUCCAAUUUCAACUCAAGAAAAGGCAUUCCAAGGUUCCUGGUCUGUAGUUUCGCCUUCAGUGUUCAAGCUUCGUGGCGAAUCUUUUUUCCGAGAUAAGCAGAAGUGUCCAGCUCCAGAUACCUGCCCUUAUAAACCAAUAGGUGUUGAUUUAUUUGUGACUCCAAGGAAGGUAAAUCACAUUGCUAAGCAUCUUGAACUUCCAAGUGUGGGUGAAAAUGGAAAAGUACCUUCACUCCUCAUUGUUAAUAUACAGUUGCCUACAUAUGCUGCUAGCAUGUUCGUUGGUGAUGCCAAUGGCGAAGGUUUGAGCCUUGUCCUAUAUUUUAAGUUGUCAGAGAAUUUUGAAACAGAGAUCUCGCCGUGUUUUCAGGAGAAAAUCAAGAGAUUAGUGGAAGAUGAGAUGGAAAAGGUGAAAGGGUAUACAAAGGAAAGCUCAGUUCCUUUUAGAGAAAGACUAAAAAUUUUGGCUGGGGUAGUUAAUCCAGAAGACCUUCAUCUGAAUUCUGCAGAGAGGAAACUUAUUUAUGCCUACAAUGGAAAGCCGGUGCUUUCGCGUCCUCAACACCAAUUCUUUAAGGGACCUAACUACUUUGAGAUAGACUUGGACAUACACCGAUUUAGUUAUAUAUCGAGGAAGGGACUUGAUUCGCUCCGAGACCGUGUAAAGCAUGGAAUUCUUGAUGUUGGUUUAACUAUUCAGGCACAAAAGGAAGAAGAACUUCCAGAGCAAGUGUUGUGCUGCUUAAGAUUGAAUAAAAUUGACUUUGUUAACCAUGGUCAAAUUCCUACCAUUAUGACUCUUGAUGAUAAUUAGUUGAUCAAUGGGGAAAAAAGGAAAGAAAAAGAAAGAUUGUUGUUAUUUUGAAAGAAUUGAGUGCCGUAUAUUUAAUUAACAUACAAAAAAAAAUUAAGAGAAGCAACUCUAAAGAAAUUUGAGCCUUCUCUUAUGUGCAAUAUUUAUUUUUUAAAUCUUAUGUUAUGAUGGUAUUAAAGUCCUGUAUGUUACUUUGCAUAAUUCUUUUGCAUCCUUGUAUUGUGUCAAAUAGAUGAUUAUGAUUCAAGAGAUUUUUUUAUUACUAUACUUUAA